AUGGAGCCCACCGGUGGGGUGGUGAAGCUAAACAUUGGUGGCUACAAGUACAUAACCACCACAAGUACCCUCAUCAAGGAGGACAACUUCUUUGCUGGUCUCCUCUCCGGCCGCUUCCCCUCGACCAGGGUGGACGACCAGUACUACUUCAUCGACCGCAACGGCCGCUACUUCGAGCCCAUCCUUGACUACCUCCGCACGGACCGCUGGUCCUUGCCGAGUCACCUGCAGCACGACGAGAAGCUGGUGCUGGCCGAGGCCGAGUUCUACGGCAUCAAGCCCAAACUGUACACCCACCUCUCCAACAAAUCCAUCCAGCAAACCAUCCAAGACCUACAGGGGCAAGGUCAUGUGGCCCUGCUCGAAAAGUACCCCAAGGCGGUGAGCUUCGUGCAGGGUCUGGUCUCUGAGCACUUCACCAAGCAGCUGGAGAUGGGCCAGACCACAAGGCUCGCCACGCCCUUCAUUUGCCUGCAGCCCCACGACGAUGCGCGGUCCAUGAUGGGGGACGAGGCGGACUGGCCUAAUUUUGAUCGUAAGGCGACCGAGGCCGGUAUCCACUUCUGCGAAGGUGAAGCCGUGGAGGUGCAGGACAUGGCUGGGUUGGUGCAGGCUCUGCUGUGGGACUUCAACACCAAUGGUGAGCUCUCGCUGGAGGUGAAGGUGCAGGAGAUCUACCAGAAGCUCGGCCAUCGACACGCAGGCAAUGUCUACAUCAAAGAGAGUGGAAAAGUGAUUACGGCAUAUCGGCUGGCGGGCCACCAGCGGCGCUCCUCUGGCCCCAAGAGGGCAGGAGCUGGGCGCUCUGCUCGACGAACUGCUUUGCGUCUUCAUGUGCUCUUCCUGUGCACGAAGCCCACCUGGAGCGCGCAGUGGUCGCUGAACUUCCAGAGCGGCUGGUCGAGGUCGCUCUCGGAGAAGGCGAACCCGUGGUCGUCGGCCAUCUUCGACUGCCGCAGCUCCCGUCCGAAGUGA